UGAAGGAAAUAUUUUCCAAAAAUAUGGAUAAAAAACAAAAGUGCGAAUUAAUUACAAGCAUAUUUCAAUGCAUUAGAGAAGCUAUGCAAUUGGACUCCGAUGACAGCGAUAAAGAGGAAAUACUUUUAGGAUUGGCCAGAUUGGGCGAGAAAGCUGCAUCGUUGCCUAUCAAGAGAGCCAAGCGGCAAUGGAUAAAGGAAUGGAGGAAAAAUAGGUGCGAUCGCGGCUCGUUCGCCUUUUUAAACAAAGAAUUGCUGGUACACGAUGAGCAAAGCUACAGGAACUUCCUACGAAUAUCAAAAUCUCAAUUUGAUUAUUUGCUGUCGCUAAUAGCGAAUGAUAUACAACGCUCUGAUUCGACUAUGAGAGCCGCAAUUCCCGCAGCAGAAAAAUUGGCAUUGACGCUGCGAUUUCUCAGCACUGGAGAGUCUUACGUGAGUUUGGAUUACCAGACCCGUUUAUCCAAAUCUUCAAUUUCCAGUAUAGUUCCUGAGGUAUGCAGUGCCCUUUAUAACAAAUUGAAAUCGUCGUAUUUAAAGUUUCCAAACAGCAAUUCAGAAUGGGAGGCCAUUGCAAAAGAAUUUGCAGUUAAAUGGCAAUUCCCCAACUGCAUUGGCGCGUUAGAUGGGACUAGAAGUAUAAUUUUACUAGCCCUGGUGGAUGCUAAUUCCAAAUUUAUUUUCGUGGACGUUGGUUGUAACGGUCGCAGUAACGAUGCUGGAGUAUUUCUGCAAAGCAAAUUAAGGGAUGUUCUGCAAGAAGAGAAGGAAAUACCAAAAGCUGCUUCAAUAGGAAACGAUCGACGCCUACCGUACCUCGUAGUCGGAGACGAUGCAUUUCCUCUGCAGAUGCAUUUAAUGAAGCCAUAUCCCUACCACACGCAAUGCCAGGAAAAACAAGUUUUUAAUCAAAGACUCUCUCGUGCAAGGCAUGUGGUGGAACAUGCAUUUGGAAUUUUAUCCAAUAGAUUUCGCGUCUUUCUAGCUCCGAUAAAUCUGAAAGUGGCCACUGUAGAGAAAAUUGUAUUGACGUGUUGUGCUUUACACAAUUAUUUAAUCGAAAAUGGCGAAAUGUUCACUGAUGAGAGAGUAAACGCAGAAACUGUAAAUAAUAACCACUCAACUGAUUCCGAUGUAUUCUACAAUCCGCGAAAAGGUGCAGCAGAGAACGUACGUGAACAGUUUCUCAAAUAUUUUAAUGAAGAAGGCAAACUGGAUUCGUUACAUAAUAAAUAA